AUGGAACCGGAAAAAUCUGAAACAAAUUGGUUGGAUUUGCCGCUAGAGAUGCGCGAAAUAAUAUGGAAACAAUGUGAUCUUUCGAGUCUGGCGAAAUUCGCAAUUUUCGCGCCAAAUAUAGCAUGUUGGCUUCCGACGAGACUUGUCAAAACUCUUAUUUUCGAUGAUCGGAUUUUGGACGAAAAAAUUGUGUUGAAUUUGAAAUUAUGUGAUUCGAAAAAUUGGGGUAACAACAUUGAAAUUCAUGGAGAAUUCAAAAAUUUGAAAUAUGGAAAAGCGACGCAAGUUGAAUGGUGAGUUUAGAUUAGAAAUAAGCAGUCCCAAAACUCUCUGUUACUCUGCGUCUCUCAAAAAAUCUACAGCGAGAGAUAGUUAAGCAGUCCCAAAAAAAUAAGCAGUCUCAAAAAAUAAGCAGCCCCAAAAAAAUAAGCAGUCCCAAAAAAAAAAGCAGUCCCAAAAAAUAAGCAUUCCCAAAAAAAUAAGCAGUCCCAAAAAGUUAAGCAGUCCCAAAAAAAUAAGCAGUCCCAAAAAAAUAAGCAGUCCCAAAUUUCUCUGCUUCUCUGCGUCUCUCACAGAAUUUACAGCUAGAGAUAGUUAAGCAGUCCCAAAGAGUAUUUUCAUUUUGGGACUGCUUAUUUAUCUCUCGCCAUAGGUUUUUUGAGAGACGCAGAGAAGCAGAGAUUUUUGGGACUGCUUAUUUUUGGGACUGGUUAUUUGUUUCUCUGCAUGCAGUUUUUGAGAGACGCAGAGAAGCAGAGAAUUUUGGGACUGCUUAUUUAUCUCUCGCCAUAGGUUUUUUGAGAGACGCAGAGAAGCAGAGAGUUUUGGGACUGCUUAAAUUCACUUAAAACUGUGUUAAAUUCAAAAAAUGAACAUUUUGCAGGAGCAUAGAUUCUUGGGAUGCAAAUUUUUCGACAAUCAGAUCUAAAGCACAAUUCGUUGUCGAAAAAAAUUACAAAAAAUCGGCACUUUUGGAUUUCCAAAGAUUUCUCAACUUCUCCCAAAAUUACGUGAGAAACUUGUUUGUUUAUUGCGAAAAUUUUGAUCAUCGAUUAAUUGAUCCAAAAAUGUUCAAGAAGCUCAGAAAUUUGAUGGUUCUUGGUGAGGAUCAAAAAAUGAAAUCGGCUAGGAUUUUUCUCAAAAAGAAAGGAACUGGCUACGAUUUGGAAGAUGUUCUCAAAUGGAAUCUAAGAUAUGUUCAGAUCAAUGUAAAUCAUUGGAAAAAUCAAGAUUUUCGAAGAAUUAUUAUAAAUUGGCUCGAAAAAACUGAAGAAAAACAAGUGGAUAAAUUUUCAAAACAGUUUAAGAUGAGCAAUAAGAAAUUCUGUAAAUUGGACAAAUUGGUGAUUUUUGAUGGAUUGGUUUAUCAGGAAUUUUGGGAUAUUUGUAAGAGGUAGGUUAAAAUUCUCCAAUUUUUUGGGGACACUGAAAAUUUCAGCUUUUUUUUCAGCACCGAAUAUCACUUUCCUCAUCCAAUUUUCAUCAAUCGAUAUUUGAUGGUCGAUUUCAACACCAAAAUUCUAACUUUUCAGUCAAGAAAAUAUGAAAAUAACUAUUUUUAUUGAUUUUUGAUGGAAAUAAAUAUUUUUUGGCACCUGUCCAAAUAGACUCCGCCCACAAAGAUGCCAUAUUAGUAUCAUUCUAUUGAUUUUAUGGUUUUUUUUUGGUAAUUUUGAACAGUUUCGCUGAUAAGAGCUCUAAUUUUCGUUUUCAGCGAAAUGCCUGAAACCAGUUGGCUUGACUUACCAGAAGAGUUACGCGAAAUGAUAUGGGAAACCUGUGAGCUGCAAGAUUUGGCAAAAAUCGCCAUUUUUGCACCAAAUUUGGGAUGUUGGCUGCCUGCCAGAUUUUUUCAAGGUCUUAGUUUGGAUGAUCGGCAUCUAGACAACAAAGUUAUGCUAUUCUGUUAUUUUGAAAUGGACUUCUACAUUCAAGGAGAAUUUAGGAAUUUGAGAAAUGGAGCAGCGACUCAAGUUGAAUGGUGAGUCUGGAAAUAAGCAGUCCCAAAUUUCUUUGUUUCUCUGCGUCUCUCAUGAAAUUGCAUGCAAAGAGAUAAAUAAGCAGUCCCAAAUAAGCAGUCCCAAAAAUUUCUCUUUCUCUGCGGCUCUCACAGAAUCUACAGCGAGAGAUAAAUAAGCAGACACAAAAAAUAAGCAGUCCCAAAAAUAAGCAGUCCCAAAUUUCUCUGCUUCUCUGCGUCUCUCAUGAAAUUGCAUGCAGAGAGAGGCAAAUACAAAAAAUAAGCAGUCCCAAAAAUAAGCAGUCCCAAAUUUCUCUGCUUCUCUGCGUCUCUCAUGAAAUUGCAUGCAGAGAGAGACAAAUAAGCAGUCCCAAAAAAUAAGCAGUCCCAAAAUUGUCUGUUUCUCUGCGUCUCUCAUAAAAUUGCAUGCAGAGAGAUAAAUAAGCAGUCCCAAAAUGAAAAAGAUAAUCAUUUUACGAGAGACGCAGAGAAGCAGAACUUUGGGACUGCUUAUUUUUUUGGGACUGCUUAUUUUUUUGUGUCUGCUUAGGAAUUUAACACAAAAUAUCCAUUUUUCAGGGUCAUAUCUUCUGACGAAUCAAAAUAUCGAACAACACUUGUGAUCGAAAAAAAUUACAAAGAUCUAGCACUUCUAGAAUUUCAUAGAUGGCUCAACUUCUCUCAAAAUCACCUGAAAAACUUGUUUAUUUAUUGGAUCAACUUUGAUAAUCGAAUAAUUGAUCCAAAAAUGUUCAAGAAACUCAAUAAAUUCGUAUCGAUUUGUCAGGAUCAAAAUGCUGUGCAACAAGAAGAAAAUGGCUACAAAUUGGAAGAAAUUUUGAAAUGGAAUAACAUCGGAUAUAUUCAAAUCGAAACAAAUUAUUGGAAAAAUGAAGAUUUUCGAGAAAUUAUUAUAAAUUGGCUCGGAAAAACCAAAGAAAGAGAAGUUGUAUAUUUUUCAAAAGAGUUUAAGAUGAGCAAUGAGAGGUUUAGUCAAUUGAACAAAUCAGUGAUAUUUGAAGAAUUGAUUUAUCAAGAAUUUAAUCAUAAUGAGAGGUGAGAGUGAAAUUUUUGUGUUGUGUCAAAAUGUCUAAAAUAUUCUGGAAUUUCUUUCAGAACCUAUUAUCAUUUUGCUCACCCAAUUUUUGCUGAUCAAUAUUUGUCGGUCGAUUUCGAUUUAGAUUUGCUGAGGAUUAACUCGCAAAAAUUUUCUGAAAUUUCUCAAGACUAUCAGGUUUUAUCUGAAAAUUUCUCUAUUAAUAUUGAGUUCUAAGGUUUUUUUUCAAUGAAUAAAGUUUUUUCUUAAAUAUUUUGGCACCUAUCCAAUUAGGCUCCGCCCACAAAGAUGCGCAUUUUGUUUUUGGACGCGCAAAAAAUGGACAACUUUGUUGUAAAAAAAACUUAUUUUCAGCAAAUGUUACAGAAGACUUCUGAAACCAGUUGGCUCAAUUUGCCACAAGAGUUACGAGAAAUAAUAUUAGAAUAUUGUGAGCUGCGAAAUUUGGCAAAAAUCGCAAUUUUUGCACCAAAUUUGGGAUGUUGGCUGCCUGCCAAAAAUGUCGAAUCGCUUUUUUUGUAUAAGAGUUUUGCAGACGAAAAAGUUCUCAUCAGAUGCAUUUUGUGUAGUUCGAUCAGAAUUGAAGGGUUUUUUGAGAAUUUGAGGAAUGGAACUGCGACUGAAGUUGAAUGGUGAGUCUAGAAAUAAGCAGUCCCAAAUUUCUAUGCUUCUCUGCGUCUCUCAUAAAUUGCACGCAGAGAGACAAAUAAGCAGUCCCAAAAAUAAGCAGUCCCAAAUUUUUCUGUUUCUCUGCGUCUCUCAUAAAAUUGCAUGCAGAGAGAUAAAUAAGCAGUCCCAAAAAAUAAGCAGUCCCAAAUGUCUCUGUUUCUCUGCGUCUCUCAUAAAUUAACAUGCAAAGAGAUAAAUAAGCAGUCCCAAAGAGUAUUUUCACUUUAAGACUGCUUAUUUUUAAGCAGACACAAGUUUCUCUGCUUCUCUGCGUCUCUCACAGAAUCUACAGCGAGAGAUAAAUAAGCAGUCCCAAAAAUUAUUUUCACUUUGGGACUGCUUAUUUAUCUCUCGCUGUAGAUUUUGUGAGAGACGUAGAGAAGCAGAGAAUUUUGGGACUGCUUAUUUAUCUCUCGCUGUAGAUUUUCAUGAGAGACGCAGAGAAGCAGAUGAUUUUGUGUUGAAAUUGACCGUAAAUAUAUUUUGCAGGAUCUUAGAGUCUUUGGAUCGCAAUUCUUCAAGAAAGACCAUUUCUACAACAAAAUUCGUCUUGGAACAAAACUACAAAGAUCUAGCACUUCUGGAAUUUCGAAAAUUUCUCAACUUCUCACAAAAUCACAUGAAACAGGUCAAUGUUUACUGGAACCAUUUCAAUCAUCGAAUUAUUGAUCCAAAAAUGUGCAGGAAACUCAUUAAAUUUACAAUGGCUUCUGUGGAAAAAAUUGGCGAACAACAAGAAGAAGUUGGCUAUGAUUUGGAGGAAGAUGUUCUCAAAUGGAAUAACAUCAAAUAUAUUCAGAUUGACACAAAUCAUUGGGAAAAUGAGGAUUUUCGAAAAGUUAUUACAAAUUGGAUGGGAGAAACUGAAUAUUCAAAAUUGAAUGUUUGUUCGAAACUGUUUAAGAUGAGCAAUGAACGAUUCACUAGAUUUAACAAGUCAGAAAUAUUUGAUGGAAUGAAUUAUCGAGAAUUCGAUGAUGGUGGAAGGUAAGUAACUUUUAAAAAAACAGACACAAAAAUAAGCAGACACAAAUUUCUCUGCUUCUCUGCGUCUCUCACAAAAUCUACAGCGAGAGAUAAAUAAGCAGUCCCAAAGUGAAAAUACUCUUUGGGACUGCUUAACUAUCUCUCGCUGUAGAUUUUGUGAGAGACGCAGAGAAGCAGAGAAAUUUGUGUCUGCUUAAAAAUAAGCAGUCCCAAAAUGAAAAUACUCUUUGGGACUGCUUAACUAUCUCUCGCUGUAGAUUCUGUGAGAGACGCAGAGAAGACAUAAAAUUAAUUCUUUCAGAAUCUAUUAUCACUUUGCUCAUCCAAUUUUUUUCCGAUCAUUGUUUAUCGAUUGAUUUCUUUUUUGGAUGUCCAAAAUUCCACAUGUCAAGAAAAUGCCCAAGAUGUACUUAAUUUUAAAAAACACGUUUUUUUUUGUUUGAAAUGAAGCUCUUUUUUUCAAAAAUCGUUUUUUCCUCAAAAAUUACUAAAAAUUCCUUCAAAAAUCCACCCAAAAUCCAAUAUUUGCACAUUUUUAUCCCCCGAAAAAUCCAGUUUUUCUCUACCCACUCUCUCAUUUUCCCACACUCUCUUCUCUCUCUCUCAGAUGAGAUAUAUUGUAAAUAGAAUAUUACACUCAAAUUUCUGGCGGGAAGAAAAAUGAGCACAAAUAAUGUGUGUGUGUGUGUAUACUUUUUUUUGUGUUACUUCUAGAAUUUUCUGGCCAUUUUCUAUCUGAAAAUCUCCAUUUUAAGCCUGAUUUUUGCAGUAAUGGCAGUCAAAAAGCCUCAAAUCUCCGGCAAAAAACCCGAAUCCCCGGAAAAUCCGGAAAAAAUCGACGAAAUCUCCUCAAUCCACGCGCGCAUCAAAUUAUUCGAGAAUCCGUUUGCAACUCAAGUGCUGAACCCGAAAUCCGAAAUUUUCUGUGCACAGUGUUUGAGGGGACCAGCUCCGGGAGCCAAGUUGUCGAAGUGUGCCGGUUGUAAUUUCACAAUGUAUUGCAGUAAGGAGUGUCAGGCGGCCGCUUGGGCUACUGUACAUAAACAGGAAUGCAAGAGAUUGAAGGCGGUGAGUGGUUUUUUUUUGGAUUUCUGCAAGCCUGGCACGGUUUUUCUGAUCAUUUUGAUACGCAACAUGAAAUAGGCAGAAACAAAUUUCUCUGCUUCUCUGCGUCUCUCACAAAAUCUACAGCGAGAGAUAAAUAAGCAGUCCCAAAGUGAAAAUACUUUUUGGGACUGCUUAACUAUCUCUCGCUGUAGAUUUUGUGAGAGAGACGCAGAGAAACAGAGAAAUUUGGGACUGCUUAAAAAUAAGCAGUCCCAAAGUGAAAAUACCACUCUUUGGGACUGCCUAACUAUCUCUCGCUGUAGAUUUUGUGAGAGACGCAGAGAAACAGAGAAAUUUGGGACUGCUUAAAAAUAAGCAGUCCCAAAGUGAAAAUACUCUUUGGGACUGCUUAAAGGGGGGGUAAGACGACAAAAUUUUAUUUGCUCAAUGAAUCGGGCUCCCUUUGAAUAGUAAAAGCCCCAGGGGAUUUUUUCUCGAAAGGCCUAAAAAGGUCCGAAAAAAUAUUCCAUGAACUUUUUUCAACGUAUAGCUAUACGUUGUCCGAAAGUUUAUGGAAUAAUUUCAACGUAUACCUAUACGUGGUACCUAGUUUAUGGAACAUUUUUUCUGAGCGUUUCCAGAAAAAAUCCCCUGGAGGUUUUACUACUUUUGGGGAGCCUUUAACUUUGCGACAAAAAAAUUUUGUCGUCUUACCCCCCCUUUAACUAUCUCUCGCUGUAGAUUCUGUGAGAGACGCAGAGAAGCAGAGAAAUUUGGGACUGCUUAAAUAAGCCUAUCCGAUAUCAAAAAAUGCGCAAUUUCCAGAGUUUCCCCAACCUGCCACUCACCGAAGUCCUAUUCCUCUCAAAAAUCAUCGAUCGCAUCGAAUACAUUGCCAAAAACGGCGACAAAGGCGAUUGGGAAAAAGCGCGAAAAUUCUCGUCGUUAAUGGAUCACAGGGAGGAGAUCAAGAAGGAUGCGGAAAAAAUGGAGCAUUUCGAAAAGGUGCACACUAAAAUGAGCAAUUUCCGCGGCAAACACGAGAUGAUCAAGAAGGAGGAGUUUUUCGAUGUUUUCUGCAAGGCCACCAUCAAUUCACACAGUAUUCAUACGAAUGCUGGGAAUGAGGUUGGUAUGGCACUGGAUUUGGGAGUUUCGUUGUAUAAUCAUUCGUGUAGACCGACUUGUUCGAUGGUUUUUGAUGGAUAUCGGUGAGUUUUUCGAACGACACUCCGCAAUUCCGCUCCUCUAAUUUCCAGUGUCUGCCUCCGCCCGCUAGUUCCCGGAGUCGAUGCGGAAGAUCCAGCCCAAGCCUUCAUCUCCUACAUCGAUGUUGGUAGAUCAAAAUACGUGCGCCGGCGAGAUCUUAAAUCACGCUGGUAUUUCCACUGUGAAUGCACACGUUGCACAGAUCCGGAAGAUGACGCGUUGACCGCAAUCCGCUGCGCAAAUUCCGCAUGCGAUCAACCGAUUUUGACGGCGGAAGAUGAGGAGCCAAUGAAUAUUGUGUGCCCCAAGUGCAAAAGUUUGGUGGAGGAGUCGAGGGUGAAAGAGGCGCAAGAGUUGAUGAGAACUUUGCCGGCCAGUUUUGAUCCGCAAUGUCAGGCUGAUGUUGUGAGUUUGCCGAAGUCUAAGUUGGAUUUAAUAAGCUUCCGAAGCUUCCGCGUGGCUUCCGCUGCGCGGAAGCUUGCGGUAUAAAUUCAAAAAAAAAAUUAAUUUCAGGAUCAACUACCCAACAAGGUUAAGAGUUUUUUCCCUUUUCUCAAGAAUUCAAACCUUUUUCGUUUUCCUUUUUUCACCUUUUUCAUUUUUUUUUUCAUUCAAAGCCUAACAGAAUUUCAGUUUUUUCACACAACAAAAAUCUCAUAAGCAGUCCCAAAAUGUCUCUGCUUCUCUGCGUCUCUCAUUAAAUCUAUAGCGAGAGAUAAAUAAGCAGUCCCAAAGAGUAUUUUCACUUUGGGACUGCUUAUUUAUCUCUCGCCAUAGUAAUUCUUGAGAGACGCAGAGAAAUUUGUGUCUGCUUAUUUUUUUGGGACUGCUUAACUUUCUCUCGCCAUAGUAUUUUUGAGAGACGCAGAGAAACAGAGACUUUCUUUAGAUAGGGAUAAAAAAGUUCUAGACUGAAAUUUUGCGCUAAAAAUGCUGAAAUUGAUAGAAAUCUAUGAAAACCAGAAUUUUCUUGAUUUCCAGCACAAAAUGUUGAUCUAGAAAGUUCUUAAAAUCCUGUUUUCAGUGUGAAAAUUGUCAGAUGAAAAAGUUCUAGACUAAAAUUUCGUGCUGAAAACGCUGAAACUCAAUAUUUUCGUGAUUUUCAGCACAAAAAUAAGCCAAGUUCUCCCCUUUCUUUCCCAAAAUCUCCUCUUUUUCGUUCCAUGCGCCUUUAAAGGCUCAUACACCCACACCAAAACACACCCAUUUCUCCAAAAUCACCACCUUCCAAACUUCUCCGAAAUCAAAAAAUCAAUCCAAAUUUUUUCGCAGCUCUCAAAUCUGCUCACCAAGGCUGAAACCCUGCUCCACCCCUCAAAUGUCUAUAUUGCCCGUCUUCGAACCGCCAUUUUCCACGUCACCGGAAAUUUGACGAUGGAAACCUUGGCCACAAUGCACGAUCAGAUUUAUAACAACUAUAAAAUGUGUUUUCCGAAAGCCGACAGGCAUAUUGGAUUCCAAUUAUUGCAUAUUGUCAAGGUUUUGGUGGAGAAGGAGGAGAGAGAUGAGGUGGGUUAGAGACGCAGAGGGUUAGACAAGCAGAGCACCUCUUUCCAGGCAAUGCCAUACGCCUUCGAUGCGAUGAACAUUUUUGAAGUAUGUUUCGGAUUAGACCACCCAUAUUAUUUACAAACUCUUGCACUUUGGACAUAUUUGGAGAAAAAGAUACCAAAAACCACAGAGGAACUCAUUCAACUCACUAAUUUUUCGGAUAAUCGACCAGUUGAUAUUGUUUCUUUGCUCAAGAGAGCCAAUUUGUUACCACCGCCACCGACUCAACAACAAAUUGCAGCAACUGCUCAUUAA